ACACCGCUUAAUGUUUCAUUACACAUCCUCAUCAUAGUUAGUGAUCAAACAGCGCCAGAACUUUUCCCUUUCCAGGUUUGCUUUUCAUGCGUUUUGUCUCUAAAGAACUUGAAAUACCCGGGGACACGUGACUCCAGACGAGAGAGAAGUUCUCAUCAAGUUCUCUCACGCGCUCUGAGUUGAGAAAGUUCAUCUCCAGAUCUCCUGAAGACCGUCACAGCAUGAAACCUCUGGCUCAUCGGUAGUUUUGCCUGAAGCAGAACUGAAGGAAAUGAAUGAGAAAGGCUGCAACCUCCUGGUCUCUCCCACCAGCAUGCCAAAGUCUCUGGGUGCCAUAACUGGGCAGCAGGUGCCUCACAUCCGAGUGCAUGCUGGUAGCUCCCGCUCUUGCUCACAUCCUGGCAGUGGAAUGGACACUGGAGCUGUAGCUCCUGGGAGUACGGUACUUCUACCUGCUCUGAGCCUGCGCAGGCAAGUGCUGACCAAUGGGAAGCAUCAUGGCACCUUCAGCAUCCCGCAAUCUUCGUGGCAGCAAGUGUCUUCACUUCCUGUCCCACCUGGCAAUUCCAAUACAGCGAGAUUAACUGGCUCACAGAGUGGUGUCAGAGGUUCUCACACAUUGGGGCCCAGCAGAAAGCUGUUGGGCGAGUAUGGCAGAUCAAACCUGCAAGUGACAAGCAGUGCUAUGGUUGUACAGAGCGUGAGUCCAGUGUCCACUAUCCAAAGCUCUGCUUCGCACUGCCCUCCUUCCUCUCUGGGCCUUUUUGUGCCCUUCACAGAUGCCAGGUCGGUGUUGUCCAGAGAGUCCCUGGCUUCCACUACACUCAGCAUCGCAGAGAGCCAAUCUAUACGCAGCAGCAAGUUGGACUGGCCCUAUGGCUAUCGUGUGCUGCCACCAUUAGGUCAGCAGAGCAGCUUUAGCCAGACAGCUGAAGGUCCAGAACUUCUGAACCUCCCACCAGGUACUGCCAUGUCCGGAGCCACCAGUAGCUCCAAUCCAACUUCACUUCCUGCUUACCUGUUUAAGGAAGACUUCAACAGCCCCCAUCAAGCCAGCCGUUCCAAAAAAAGAGCCCUCUCUAUCUCACCUCUAUCUGAUGGCAUUGGCAUCGACUUAAACUCCAUUAUUCGGACAUCACCGACCUCUUUGGUGGCAUACAUAAUUGGUUCCCAAAGUUCUCCAUCCUCACAGCAUACUCCCUCACCACUGCAGUCUGACGUAUGUGGGCAUCUCUUGGGAGUCCGGGGAAACUGUAUCCCCAAUCCCAACUUUGGCUACCACGGUCCCAAAGCCAGUUCCUCUCUUGGUCAGACCUUUAUACGCAACCACCAUUCUGAAAGGGUGAGUGUCUGCAUGCAGAGGUUAGAGGAACAGGGUACACAUGACAGCCACAUGGGAGGAACUAAUCUCGUAGUGGAGCAUCAGCUUCUGCCAGGACAGGAAAUUCUGAUAAGCAACAUUUCAGAAGGGGAUAAUGAUCCUCAUAACAGUCUGGAAAGAACUACGCACUUUCAAGUUGAAAUUUCAGCCAUUGUUAGGUCCCCAAGCCCACCUAUGGGACCCCCACCACCCUAUCACUCCCACCAUGAACGCCGACUACCAGGUGGCCACCUGGGGUGUGCUCAGAAUCCCGCAGACUCACGCUCUAUACCUCCUACAGACAAACCUGGUGUUCUGCCCUCGGCUCUGUGCCCAAUGUUAGAGGAGGAAGACGGGGAGCUUGAUGAUUUUAAUGGGGUACACUGUUGCUGUUGGCUGGAUUGUAAUGCCACAUACAGUCACCAAGAGGAGCUGGUCAAGCACAUCGAGAAACUACAUAUCGAUCAGCGCAAAGGCGAGGACUUCAUCUGCUUCUGGGCAGGGUGUCCACGCAGACACAAGCCUUUCAAUGCGCGUUACAAACUCCUAAUCCACAUGCGGGUUCAUUCGGGGGAGAAACCUAACAGCUGUACGUUUGAAGGCUGCCAGAAGGCGUUUUCUCGCCUAGAGAACCUCAAAAUCCACCUACGGAGCCACACAGGAGAGAAACCGUACACAUGUCAGCACCCCGGCUGUCAGAAAGCCUUCAGCAACUCCAGCGACCGCGCCAAGCACCAGCGCACGCAUGUCGACAUGAAACCUUACGCGUGUCAGAUUCAAGGCUGCCAAAAACGCUACACCGAUCCCAGCUCUUUACGAAAGCACGUCAAAUCACACUCCACCAAGGAGCAGCAGGCCAGGAAGAAGCUGAGGGCAAGCACUGAGGUCUACCGGGAUGGACUUUCUGAAUGUUUAACUAUCCAGCCUCUGCAGCACAACCUGUCACCGCUGGAGCUGACUGAGAGCCGUUCUCCUUGUCUUCCUGCUGACAUGUACACAGGUGUGUUCUCUCUCAACCAGUCCAGCCAGGUGACUCCUGGUCAGGUUCAGCAUUCCGCCUGUGGCUCUCAUGUCCCAUUGUCUGCACUACCGCCAUCGAACAGCAGGUUUGAUGCUCCUGUGACACAGCAUCCGACCCACCAGGCCACACCUUCAGUUCCUCAUUCGCACCACCACAUGGUGGCAGCACAAAUAAACAGCCGACUUCCAGGAUACCCGGAGCACACCGCAGCAUCCCUCCCUCCUCCUCAGGACAGUUUCCCGAGUCAUGCGCAGACGGUGUGCUCGCCUUCAUACACUGGGUCGGCGCGGACAGGAAAGCAGAUCUCUGCCUGUUCCAUGAUGCAGAUCCCCGUGUUCGAGGACAGUCUGGGUUCCUCGUGCACAGCUCAACAGGAACCUGAGCUUAUCCACCGAGCUCUGUCGAGCAUCGGAGAGUUUGAUCCACAGGGCAGAUCUGAGGAUUCUUUAGGUGAUCCGGAGCAUUCCGUGUCAGAUGAUAACUACCUUCACAUACGUGCACAUCACUUGGACCGACGCCCAAGCCAGCUCUCAUGCGUCUACACGGAGGGGUGAUAGACGGCCAACUUUGAUCAUACGUACUGUAUAUCUACUCGCUGACCUUUUUGUAGUCUUUGAGUCAUGGGAUAAAUAAAAAAAAAAUGAACAAUUUUUUUUUUUUUUUUUUACAUGAAUGUAUCUGAAGUCUCAUAACCGAAUGAAGUGAAUUGCAGGCUUCUGAUCGGGAUUUUGUUUUUAUAUAUUGUAACUUUUGAAAUUGUUAUAUAUAUAUUUUUUUUAUCUAAAUUCUCAGUCCUGUGAAAGAAAACUCGUGAAAUUUGUGAAAACCUACGAGGACACUGGAAAAAAAAUGGACACCAAGCUAACGAUUUAUUCACUGAGACUAGCAGCAUAGCUAGCUAGUGAACAUGUACACAUUAAGUCUUUUACACGGAUAUUAUAAAGGGUAGUGACCAUGAAAACUGUUUAGGAAGAUCAACAUUUCUCUCCGAUUUGUUGGUGAAUUAAACAGAAGAGGCUUCUCGGUGACUAAAACGACACUAAUUACACUAAGCAUCAACUGCUAACCGAACGGCCGCCAGUUGCUCUCACAAAAUGUAAACAUUUAGUCAUGAAUACCACGGGAGCAGUCUGUUUAAAAACAUGGUAAACACGACCUCGUCUGAAUGUAAAAUUCAUCCAGUUAUCUUUGAAAAAUAAGGUAUUUCUUGUGUGGAAAUGUAUAUAAACAACAAAACCGUCUCAGACAUGAUCUAUUGCAUCAAGCGCUAAUCAGUUACAUAAUGAAGGCUUUAAAUAUCACCAUUCUGUUUCUUUAAAGCUGCAAUCAUGACAGUACUAGUGCUUUUUUAUUUCUUUCUCAAACACUGAGGUUAAGGGCAAGUGGUUCAGUGAAACGACGCCGAGAAAACCGUAAAUGCAAACGUCAACGGUGACUAAAUGAAAUUGAGUUUAAAAGCUCUAAUUACGAUGUUUUGCAUAACCGGCAGCAUUAGAGUCAAAAGCUUCAUUAUCUUGGCUCGGAGUGUGGUAUAUCGGUUGCAUCUUAGGGGGGGGGGAGGUGUAAUCAUGAAGAACAUGGAUAGACGACUGUAUCUUGUGAGGUCUUGUUUUGCUGGAGGGUAAUACAGUUGGGUAAUUUUCCCCAUCAUGCACUUGCACACCUUAUUAUGAGUCAGAGAGUCUGCUUGUUCUUCUGUCCUAGUGACCAGAAGGUUAUUUCAAAUCAUACCAGAUGUUUAUGAGGUCGUCCCCCCCCCCCCCCCCCCCAUAAGUACUUCCGUACAACAAUAUCACAGGAAGGAGAUACUAUUUUUGGUGUGUGUGUGAUUCUUGUCAACAAGAGCCACUUGCAACAAAUUCAAUCGAAGGGUUGUAGAGCAGUUUUAGAUGAUCAUAAUGAUGACGACGAUGAUAGGUCUUUAGAGUUCUUCACACGACCGCUUCGUGGUAAACAAGAAGCACGAAUCCGUCAGGAGUAGCCAUUGCCUUCUAGUCUACAGUAAAUUUGAUCUUGCCUGAGCAAACCUUCAUUGAAAAAAUAAAUUGUGAUUUUGAUUUAUUGAGAAAGUCUAUUCACAUCUAUCUGGCAUGCUUAUCUUACUUUUGUCUAACAUAAAUCUGCAAACCAUAAAUCUAGAGAGAAUUUGCGUCAUCUGUGUGUGUAUGUUUGUGUUUGUGUUUGUGUAUGGGUGGGUCGGGGGGUGUGUGUGAGGAUGAUUUACUGCCCAAACUAAUGUUUGUUGUUGAUUUUUCUAUAGGUUGUAGUUAACUUUGACUUUCACCAUCGUUAUCAAACCGAACUGUGACACUACCAUGAUUUUACAAUGGUGCCAGAUGGGAAUUAUGUUCAUUACGUAUUUGAUACCCCAUUUUUCCGUUGCCAAAUUAUGCAAAACAACCAGAGUCACGAUGGCAGCUGAUUAUUGAGACAAAUUAUGUCCUGCGUUCAUUUGCAUGAUGUGUGUUGUUUCAGUCCAUACUGUACGUCAGAACUCAGUAGCUGAGCGAUACAACCCUAACCAUGAUACUGUUUUUCUAUAGUGGAUCAUGAAAACAAUGUGUCCUACAUGUGUUUGAAAUAAAUCUGAUACUAAUA